AUGCCCAUAUUUGGAGAGAAGCCUUUCACAUCAAUUACCGUCAAGGUAAAUCAGCUAUGCAAUAAGAGUGACGAUUUUGGCUCAAUUGAGCUUUAUCUCGGUGAUCUUUUGUCCCUUAUCAGCCUCCAAUCGUCCGGAGCUACUGAGGCUGCCAGAGCAAUCAGAAAGAACAUCAAGUACGGAAACUCUCAGCUGGUUGAUCGUGCGUUGACUCUUUUAGAGUUGUUGGUUCUCAAUGGUGGAAUUGCAAUUGGAAAAACAUUCUCGACGGACGAUAAACUUCUCCAUGUUCUCAAGGUUGUUUUAAGAGGAUCUCCCAGAACGAGCAAUGAAACUGGGGGUGAUAAGAACGCUAUGAAGAAAAUGAGAGGAAUUGCUUUGGGUUGGAAGUAUGAACUCAAAGAUAUCGAUGGCUUACAAGGUUUGGCUACUCUAUAUAAGGCAAUUCCAACAACGAAACCAAGAGAGGAAACCCGCCUCGGCCCGUCAAAACAAAGAGUUUUUGAUGAUGAGCUCUCGCACGAAGAUAUUGAAGUUGGUCUGUCAAGCAAAUACUCCGGUGAAUCUGAGCCAAGGAGACCUCCUCCUAGACCCAAGACCUUAUCACCCAGCAUAAAAAAUGUGCAUAGUUUCAACGACAGCCAGCCUAUUAGGAGCCACAAGAAAGACAAAAAAAAACCCAAAAAGAAGAAUUAUGCGGAUACUGAGUUCGAGAUCCCUCAAAUAAACUACAAGGUUGAAGCACCCAAGAUUAGGGCCACCAUUGCAGAUUGUCAAACUCACGCCACAGCCCUUAAGAAUUCUAUUCUUAGCGUCCCCAAAGAAUCCGACGCAUCUCAGGAUGCUAAUGUACAGAAAUGCUUCAAAAAAUGUCGGACCACAAGAAGGGCUAUUCUUCGGUAUUUGCAGUUUGUUGGCGCAGGCAAUGUGGCAGAUAAAUCCAGAGAAGUUCGGGAAUUAGACGAAGAGUUCUUGGGAAGUUUGAUCGCAGCAAACGAACAAUUAGUGAAUGCUCUUACACGUUAUGAUGAAGCCUGUGGUAUUUCUCGAUAUGGCCAAUCGUAUGAUAACGAAGAGUCCUCCUCUGAUGACAGCGCCAACUACAUAACUAGCGGAGAAAGUUCGGAAGAAGAAGACGAUUCAGCGGACGAAAUUCUCGAGCCUCCUCUGAGAAUCAGUCCCUCAAGCCUUGCGGAAAAUUUCGAGAAGACCAAAUUCUUGGAGGAUAAAAGGCCAAUAGACGUUGACAAGUCUACUGAAGAUGACCCUUUCGGGGAUCCGUUCAAAAAUUAG